AUGCGCUCAUUGCCAGAGGACCUGGCGAUCCAGUACCGAAAACGCAAAAAGACCGGCGCAGACGCCGCGGACUCUGCAGUCCAAUCGAGAGACGAGAAAGUCAAGGCGAUCCUGAAGUUCCUUCAAGUGGAAGUCGAAAGUAGAGAGGAGAGUCGAGCGUCACGCGAGAAAGCCACUUCAGGGAGACCGUUGACGAACCGCAAGGCUGCGGACACCUCAUCACCGCCACAUCUACCGUCCGCUCUAGCCCUGACAGCACGGUCAUCAUCGCCAGGUGCCACUUCAAGGCCUGCACAGACAAUAUGUCCCCUCUGCGGCAUAUCAGGCCACCUGACGCGUGAUUGCCGGGCCGCCCUAUCCGCAGAAGAAAAACACCAGCGCCUUUCCAGCAAUAGCUGCUGCUUCAGGUGCGGGAAGAAAGGGCACAUUGCUCGCAGUUGCCGAACCGCAGCCUGGCUUAAGUGCGACCGGUGCUCAGGACGCCAUAUUUCUGCUCUUUGCGACAUCUGGGGCCGACGAGGAUUCGACAGUCCACAAUCGACUGGAGCUGAAACCCGAAAUGCGGCCACACAGCGAGAAGAGCACGUAACAACGGCUCCUGCUAGCAGCACGCGUUCGUCGUCGGUGUUGCUACAAACAGCCACAGUGUGGGCAUCCGGAACCCGUGGCUGUGUGCCAGUGCGACUGCUGCUUGACACCGGCAGCCAACGAACGUUCAUCCGAAAAGACUUGUCGCAGCAGCUUUGCCUGCCUUCCACUGGAUAUGAAGAGAUGGAUGUCUAUACAUUCGGCGGGUCAAAGCACCCACGACAUUAUCAGUGCCGAAGGGUGAACGUCACGCUCUGUGGACGUAUUGAGCCAAUCGUCGUCGAUGUUGAAGCUCUGGAGGUACCAGAGGUCAGCACCGUAAAGGGUCCAGCUUUAGAGCCAAACGUCAUCAAUAUGAUGCGUGACCGCAAUUUGACCUUGGCUGACGAAGUUCAAGGGCACCAACCUCGAGACUCCACGAUAAGCGUUUUGAUCGGUUCAGAUCACUACUGGAGGGUAGUGACCGGACGCGUCGAGCGCUUCACCGACAAUCUGUGUGCAGUUGAGACUAUAUUUGGCUGGAUCGUUCAAGGAAUGUGCGCUAACACCUAUUUUCCUUCGACACCGCGUAACAUCAGUGCAACUGCCUUGUUCCUGGCUUGUUCCGACGACUGGCGCACUGAAGUCCGACCUGGAGGCGUAUCAGAGAUGCGGCGCUUGGACGCCAUCGGUAUAACUGACGGACAAGAAGACGACGUCAGCCAGCACCUAGCGCUCGUCCACUUUCGUAGCACAAUACACAAGAGCGCAGGACGCUACGUCGUGCCGCUCAUGAUCAAGACGCCAGGUCUCACGUCUUGUACUAACCGAAGUGUGGCUGAAACCAGGCUCAAGCGUCAGCUUCAGCGGUUCGAACAUGACCCAGAAGUUCUGAAGGAGUACCAUGCCACCACCAGCGAGUGCUUUGAUGAAGGCCAUGCAGAGCGAGUAGUGCCGUCUGCACCCCUUCACCAGCCUCAUCAUGCGGUAGUCCGACGUGAGGCCGUGCCUACAAAGGUCCGCGCCGUGUUCGAUGCCUCAUCCCACGAAUACGGUGAACCGUCUUUGGACGACAUGCUCGACAAAGGCAUCGAUUGGGAGGAGCCUCUACCACCUGACGUCGAGGACUUGUGGAAGAAGACGGCAUCGGAACAUUCUCAGCUUUCUGGCCUUCGCAUUCCACGUUGCCUCUCACUGACAUCUCAAGAUCAGGGAGGCGUGACAGCAGAUGACCACCCUGUAACGCAACUCUGCGUGGAACCCGAAGAAGCACGGGCGCUGACACGAUCGCACCUCCCAACCAGCAAGCACGUCGAGGGGCUACCAGCAAGAACUUGCGACUGUUGGCAUGGUUCCACCAUGCAGUACUCGCGAAGGCGUGUGAAACACAAGGAGCUUUUCCGACUGUGGAAACAAAGAAAGAAGGCUUGCGCCUCGAGCGCUCCGAUCGCUGCGAACCAUCGUCUUCGUCGCGACUGCGCGUUUGUGUCUUCGUCAAUGUAA